UCGACGAUCUUUGUGAUGAUAAGAGAGUUCGGAGAGAAGGUGGCGGUGCCCUUCCUCCUUGCCCGAGCGGUCUCCGAGUUCUCUGAAAUUCAGUCCGACGAUGGGGAACUGCCUGUGGAGAGCGUUUUCUGGACCGGCCCGGUCCGAGGCUGUAAGGGUCGUGACGUCCACGGGAGGAGUCAUGGAGCUGCACGGCAACGUGACUGCGGAGCGCAUCACCAAUGAGUUCCCCGGCCACGGCAUCUUCCGCCGCCGUCGCUCCUCCCACCCUCUCCUCCACAACGAGCCCCUCCUCGCCGGCCAUCUCUACUACCUCCUCCCCCUCGACCACUUCGUCGGCUGCUCCUCCCCGACAGACGAAGACGACGAUGCGGUCGCGUCUCCGUUGAACGCCACCAACUCCGCCCUAACGCCCUACAGGAUGUCGUUGGACAGCCACGUUUUCAGUCGGUGGCGGAGGCCCGCGGGAGCGGAGGGGCUGCCCCUGUGCCAGAAGGCGGCACCGGGCAUGUGGAAGGUGAGGCUGGUGAUCAGCCCGGAGCAGCUCAGCCGGAUACUGGCGGAGGAGUCGCACACCCAAGUGCUCAUUGAGAGCGUACGCACGGUGGCCAAGUGCAGCGCCGGAUGCCCUCCAAUGGCCUCAAAUUCCGAUGACUGUAGCUCCACCAGCUGCCGGAAGAACUCUGAUCACGAAAUAUGAUGCUCCGCCUUUUUGCGACUCGUUCCCACCAGUAUGCAGCGUCGGUGGCGGCAGUGGCGUUGGUUGCGGUGGUGGUUCUGUCGGUCAUUAAGAUUGUUCUCUGUUAACGUGUAAUUUUGGAAGGAUCACAGAAAGCGCAGGUCCGAAACGGGGGCUUGCGCGUUUUCCCA